CGGCGAUCUUCGUGUUUCUGAAUCCUGCAGGAUGGGAGACGAAAAAAUACUCGAGAUAAACCAAUCACAAUCCCGGAGGUCAGCUGUCAGAAAUACUACUGCUGAGGGGGGUCACUACAGCAGUCCUGAGUCCUGGGGCUGCAAUUCACCACAAAGCCAUAACGCCCCCAACGCCUGGUCUCUGCAUUCCAUGCUAGCGCUCAUUAUCGACAGCCAACCCAACACCUGUGUACGGACAACCAGGCCUUUGUCGAUCCCGCACCGUUACGGAGCAGUUUCCAUAUAUCCUUGUUUUUCUUAUUGCAGUCAAGACUUAUAUCAAUAUCUUGUUUCCGCCAGCCCUGUCCAGCUUCGAUAUGAACAAUCUGAAUCUAUCUCUUCAACCUAGACAGACCAGAACAUACCCAACCGCAAUACCAAUUCAUCUCACCACGCUUCAACAUGUUCGAUCCACCAGUCUUUGAGCACACUACUGCUCCCUCUCCCCCUCCACCUGCGAAUGGCACAACACAACGGAGAGAAAUCUCAUUCAUUUUCCCUUCGCCAGUCAAGGAUGGCCAGCCUCGGUCUCGCAAGCUGCGGGCAUCGUGCGAUUCUUGCUCUCUCGCAAAGGUUCGGUGCAGCAAGGAGCACCCAAUAUGCCAGAGAUGCAAGAACAUUGGCCACAAAUGCAACUACUCUCCUUCUAUGAGAUUGGGCAAGCCAAGAUCCAUCCACAAAAAGCCAAAACCGGAGAAGCAUCCCCAAAAGCCUCUACUGACUCCGAUGGAAUCGAAGCUUGAACCAGUCACCAGCACAUCUAAGCCGAUGACUGACAUUAGUGAUGCCAAUCUCUACAACCUAAAUGCACAGAAUACCGCCUUCGACACCCUCCUUGGACUCGACGGUCCUCUACUACCAGAAUCCGACCCUAAUCAUCUCAGUAACAUCAUGGAUGACACUAUCUACUUUCCUACCAACGAGCUAUUCACGCGCCAACCGAGCCUGUCAACCUUCUCAGAUAGCAGUAUUGACGACUAUCUGAGUGGGAAUUCAAUGGACUUUGCGCCAGACUUUGCAUUUGACAGCCCUGAGCCAAUCAAUGCCGUGCCAGGCCUUACAAGUGACUCGGAAGAUGAUAUUACCAACUGUUUCAUCGACCCAAAGAGUACACAGAAUGUUGGAUUUUCAACAAAUCCUCUGCAAACCCCUGAGCCUUCAACGCCUGGGUCUCCAGCCCAAAAAGCGCAUGACUGCACAGAGAUCGCGUUCAAAGCAUUGAACAGCCUAUAUUCCUGCGAGAGUGCGCAUAGCAAGCCAGGAUCAUUUCCUGACAACUUCACUGCCAUGGAGAACAUCAUCUCGGAAAAUGAUCGAGCUAUGGAAAUCGUCGAGCGUUUAAUGGCAUGCCCUUGCUCCAUCAGCCCGAACUACUCAACAACUCUCUGCUUCAUACUGCUAAAGGUGCUUUCACUAUGCAACAUUGCACAGGGCCUCGGCGGAGAAAUUCAAUACCCAGGCAUUUUCACACCUCGCCAGUCGCUGCCCGGUGAGGAUGGUGAGCGCAGAGUCAAGCAAGCCCAAUCCAUCAUUACAGGCCUGCGCAGGGUUGAGAAAGUUGUCGAUGAGUUCUCAUCACGUUUCAGCCGCAACACAGAUAAUGGAAAGAUCAUUGACGAGAUGGUCUACGUCCAUCAAGAAAGGAUGCUCCGGAAAAUGCUCCGGAAGGCGGCCGGAUCCGCCAUGAUCGGCAUGGGCUCCCCAGAAUUUUAGAUAUACCAUCCCUGCACCUUGGUCCGAUGGUUUCCACCGCUGUUGAAUAAAGGCCCUUUUACAAAAAUCUUCUAAGUGUACAAAUCUCCUUCAUACUAUAGAGCAUUGCGGCUUUGUUUUCGUCUCUUUCUUCGCGGCUUCUCCGUGAUUGAUGUCUCGCGGCUUCAACCCCAAUG